GCCAGGAGCAGGUGGUUCAGCCUCAUGUGUCUGUCUGACUGCCAGUUUGAACGACUCUGCGAAGGCAGAGAUCGAGAAAGACGAUUAUGAGCAUGAUAUGAACGUAGUAAGAGUUAGUCGAAAGGGCGAGAGAGAGAGAGAGAGAUAUGGGCGGUAGUAAAUGUUCGGCCUUCUGCUGCUGAUGCAAGGUGAGGUGAGACGAUGUGAUGAGAUGAGAUCAAAGUGUUGGCUGUCACAUGGAACUCGAAAGUGCUUGAUGAGAGAGUAUCAGGAUCGUACCACACUCGGGUCAAAGGCUCGAGAUGUACACGUGGUCGAAAGGGCUUAUAAAAAAAUGCAAGUUAUGUCUGGAAGAUACUCGAGUACACAUAAGGAUUCAUGUCCAGAACAUGGAAGGGUCACGUUGAAUGUGUUGUCAUAGUGCAGUUGGAUACUUGAAUCAUGUUCUUUGUACAUGUACCCGCAGCACCUUUAAGCUCUUGGAUUUCAGUGGUGGCGUACUCGUUUGGUAGUUACCAGCAGCAGCAGGUGGGCUGGUUUUGCUUUUAUCCAUGGUAUACGGCUGGGUCGACGAGCUAGGUGGGAA